CCUGCUUCUUCGUUUCUCCCAGGGAGGUUGUCGAUGUGAUAGGGUUGAUCUAUGGUACUAUCGGUUCGAUGUAUUUUCAGUCGCCACACGAAAGAAGAAGAACUAGUACCAGAAAGUGAACUUUGAGUCAGCAAGAAACCAGCACCCCAGCAAGUAAGAGCACGUAAAAAUAUUAAAACAUGUCCGCUGCCCAAUUCUCCCGGGUCAUCGACAAGAAAGUCGUAAAAGCGGUCGACUACUUCGAUUUGACGAAGUUUAGCUCUCAUCGAGACGAAACCUGUCAUGCGGACGUCGACCAAAGAGAAGACGAAGAGAGAGACACGGAUACGAGACCCAAAAUCCAGAUCCGGCCGCUAAACGAAAACCUAGAUGGGGUGGUUUUGGAUAACGUUUUUACUAAAGAAGAGUGCGAAUACCUGAUAAAGGUCUGCGAGCAGGACAUUUCAGUGGCUGAAGGCGGGUUUUCUUCCUGGAACAUGGAAGAAAAAAAUGGAACGCCGUUUCGAAGGGCUGAUACCAUCGAGGUGAGAACUGCUUUUUGUGAAGAAGAUGGUGGUGCUGGUGAAGCAAGUCGAAGUAGUAGAUCUACACACGACAGCGCUCAGGGAACUACUACAGGAGGAGCAAGGCCUACUGACACUGAACACGAAGUUUGUGAUGGGCCGGCUUUAGCUUCAUCCAGUCACGCAAGAAAACCCGAAAAACCUUCUUCCCUAUCGCAAAUUCUGUUCGACCGGAUAACCGAUCGGACGAAUUAUGCCUCCAGCGAAAGUGGAGAUGAUGAUGAAGACCACCAGAAAGGCGCCCGUGGUGCUUGUCCUACUUGUCGUGUUCCGAGCUACAAGCCCUUUCUCGACGAAACCGCCGACGAUUACGAGUUAGAUCUUCAGGGCGAAUGGCUCUUAGACUCGAUCAACCCAACCUGGCUCUUCGCGAGGUACAAAAACGGCGGACACUUCUCCCCGCACACGGACGGCACGACCAUGUUUGACUUCAAUACCAGGACACUGUACACUGUUUUGGUGUAUUUGAAUGACUUCGAUAUUAAUACUAGUGCAGGGGUCGACGUGCAGGGAGAUGAAGAAGAAGAUGAACAACUACAUGUAGACCAACAGGAAGGUCGUGAUGAAGGAUCUGCUACUCCGGAGACCCGUCCCAGCACGGACGGGGAGGAGAGUUGUGGUGACAGAAAAUCUUCAGAAGACACUGAAACAAAGGCCAGAGGCGGAAGAAGCAGAAGAAGAAAAUCUUCCUCUAGAAGUUCUAGGGAAAGAGGAGCAUCGUCGCCAAUUAUCUACUGCCAUCGUCCAAAAAUGACCGCAGAGAGUGCUGGACCUCCUGCUCUGAAUGACAUCGUCGGAGGUUCAGCGACCACUAAUAUACAACGAGUAUCCGAAUCCAAAAUCCUCGCAAACGACCACCUCUUGAACAAUUCCGGCGGCACGAAUAUCUACCGCGACGAGCAAAUUUGGGAAGCGUUGGAGAAAAACGAAGAUGACAACCGGAUUAUCGGGAACAGAAAACACGUCGCGGACACGGUCAUUCCGAAGGCGGGGCGGGUUUUAAUCUUUUACCACCGCUUGAUGCACGAGGGGCUGCCGAGUCGGAGCAAGUACAUCAUCCGGACUGAUCUGGUGUUCAGGAGAAAAAAUCCCCUGUUGACUGCGGAAGAGGACAAAGAGGCUUUUUCUUUGUAUCAAGAAGCGGAAGUGCUGGCGGAAGAAGGAAAAAACCGGGAGGCGAUGGAAAAAUUCCGCUGGGCUUUCGGAAUGAGCAAGGAGUUGAGAAAAAUUUACAAGCAAUAAACAAAUAGUUCUACAAUAACCCAUCUUGCUUUUGAUGUUUGUUCCGAAUUUGAUACCAGCGUUUUCAGUAUGAGAAAUGGACUACUUACUAGCGACUACUUUUCUUGUGCACUGUGGUUUGUACGAUCAUGCGUUUCAUCGCAACGGCGACGUAGUUUUUUCUUCAGCGACCGUAUUAGGUACGAGUAUAACACACGUACAUUCACAACAUCCUGCCGUCGCAUGGUUUUCGUUUUUCUUUCUUUCUUCUAUGCGAAGCUGCUGUUCUCUCCUUGGCAAUCAGAAAACCGCAGGCUGCAAAAAUGACCAACGCAUCCUCUUCGCUGCCAGUUCCAGCAAAGAAGAUACAAGAGAUUUUUUCAAAUUGGCCCUAUGAAAUCAAAGGUAAACUCUACUCCUUGCACGCGAUCCAGAAUCAGAAAUAAGAAGUUGAUAGCGAAUCAAUAGCCUGAUCAUCAU